CUGAAAAUAAUCUGAUCAGCUGAUCUGGCAAACAAAAUAACGCCACAUAGAUCUGCCAGGGAGGGGGCCGACGAACAAAACAAUGACAGUGCUCGGGAAGACACCAAUGCAAUAACCUAUUUAAAACACCUCUCGGCCGUAACCGUGCAUAUUUAUCCGCGUUCUGCCGCCAGAUCUCAGGACAUCCGCUGGUCUCCGGAGCUUUGACAGCGGCUGGUGUUGUUGUUGUUGUGGUUGUAAGUUCACCGAGGAGCCCGGUUACCAAACAAGGAGCCUCCGACUGCUUCUGCACGACCACCGCUUGUUUAUACUCACUGGCUGGUGUAUUUUUUCAUUGGCCCUUUGCCCAUUGAUGCUUACUUUGGGUUUAUUUCCCGAUAUGAGAAAUAAUCUGGGGAUCAACGAGCUAGUGAAAGUCCACUUCCUAGCUAGCCGUGACUAGCUACGUCUGUUUGCACAGUGUUAUCUCAGUGGGGGGUUCAUUGUCUUGUUGUUGUGCUGGUGUCUCAACUACGCUUUCGAAAUCGGUCAUUUUACUACUUCUUUCUUUUAAAGCAAAUAAUCGAUGUUAUGUUUUCCACGAUGUUCUGCACACAGUUUGUGUUUACUACUUGAAAUCUAGUGACGAAAUCCUCGCCUGCUCCCAGCUGAGCGAACAUUGUAGCUUGACGUUUGAUUGUGUCCUUAUCGUCCACUCUAUAUGUGCAACUUCUCACCAAGUCUUUUUUUAAAUCACUCCUUUCUGUUGAAAUAUAUGUAAACAGCCUCAUGAGCAAGUUGCACUGACCCAUAUUGCUAGAGGUCAAAUGGAGCAUUGUUUCAAUACAGUUUAAUUUCUGCCACAUACACAUUGUUUUUCCAUGGGCUACUCUUGAGUUAUAUGCCAUUAAUACAGUAUUCGGGUUUUGUUUUUGCUCUUGAUUGCUAGUGGAAUCUGUUGGAAGUCUUCCUCCAAGCUGUUCCAGUUAGUAGUACAUUGUGUCCCGGUUAACCUCGUGAGAAAUGAUGAGUGGCCAUGGCUCUUCUACAGAAAAGGGAGUCAAUAGUACUAAUCUAAUAUGUCAAGAAAGCUAUGCCUGCGGUGGCUCUGACGAGGCUGCGUUUGAAUGUAAUGAGUGCCAAAAGUUGCAAUGCGUCCAAUGUGAGGCAGGGCUCCAUAGUCAAGAACAUCUGAAGGGCCACGAGCGCCUGCCCAUAGGCCCGGGACACAUCCCGUACUGUGACAGUUGCAGAGGGAGUAACGGGAGUUCUGAAACGAAAAACAGAUCUGUCAUCCGCUGCCUCACCUGCAAAGUGAACUUGUGUCAAGACUGUCAGAAACGCACCCACAGCGGUGGAAACAAAAGGAAACACCCAGUUACAGCCUACCCUAAACUUGCUUUGGACAACUCGGUGCAGACCCCUGCUCAGACACCUGCUGCUCCCCCUGCUCAGACCUCUGCUCAACGCCCCACUCAGCCCCCUGCUCAGCGCCCCGCUCAGACUCCUGCUCAAUCCACUGCUCAACCUCCUGGCCAGACCCCCAUCCGAACAGACAAUGACAACAAAGUUCAGGCAGCAAGACUUCUGGAGAAUGUGGCCAGUUUCCUUCUGGUGGAUGAAAAUGAGGAGAUGCAGAUAAAGGAUGAAGCUGCGUUCGUGAAGAAGCUGGGCUGCGAGCGGGACCGUCUGCUGAAGGUGGUGUCCAUCUUUGGCAACACCGGGGAGGGGAAAUCCCACACGCUGAACCACACCUUCUUCAUGGGGAAGGAGGUGUUCAAGACCUCCCCGGCGCAGGAGUCGUGCACGGUGGGCGUGUGGGCGGCGUUCGACCCCGUGCGCAAGGUGGUGGUGAUCGACACGGAGGGCCUGCUGGGGAACAGCUCCAAGCAGGGCCAGAGGACCCGCCUCCUGCUCAAGGUGCUGGCCAUCUCGGACCUCAUCGUGUACCGCACGCACGCCGACCGCCUCCACGACGACCUCUUCAAGUUCCUGGGCGACGCCUCCGACGCCUACCUGAAGCACUUCACCAAGGAGCUGAAGGCCUCCAUCGCCCGCUGCGGCCUGGACGUCCCGCUGUCCAGCAUCGGCCCCGCGGUGGUCAUCUUCCACGAGACCGUCCACACCAAGCUGCUCGGUUCAGGUAAGACAUCGGAGCCGGUUGACAGGCUCCUGCUGGAGCGCUUCAGGAAGCUGGGUCGCUUCCCAGAAGCCUUCAGCUCUGUCCAGUACCGAGGCACCCAGACCCUCAGCCCCCCCACUGACUUCAGUGGCCUGAAGGCGAGCCUGGAGCAGCUCUUGGACAACAACGCCACCCGUUCCCCUCGCACCCCCGUGGUUAUCUUCAAAGCCCUGCAGGCCCUUAGCGAUCGCUUCUGCGGCGAGAUCUCAGACGAGCUGGUGGCCCACGGCUGCUUCUUCCCCGAUGAGUACUUCACCUGCUCCUCUCUCUGCCUCGGUUGCGGAUGUGGCUGCAAGAACAGUAUGAACCACCUGGGGGAGGGAGUGUGCCACGAAGCCAAGCAUCGCUGCCGCUACUCGCCCCAGUACGACAACCGCAUCUACACAUGCAAGGCUUGUUAUGAAAGGGGACAGGAAGUGAUGGUGGUUCCCAAGACCUCUGCGUCCUGUGACUCGCCGUGGCUGGGUUUGGCCAAAUACGCCUGGUCUGGGUAUGUGAUUGAAUGCCCCACCUGUGGAGUCAUCUAUCGUAGCCGCCAGUACUGGUAUGGAAACCAGGACCCCGUGGACACCGUGGUCCGUACCGAGAUCCAGCACAUAUGGCCCGGGUCGGACGGCUUCCUGAAGGACAACAGCAACGCGGCGCAGCGGCUUCUGGACGGGGUCAACCUGGUGGCUCAGUCGGUGUCGGAGCUCAGCGUCAAGCCCGCCAAGGCCGUCACCUCCUGGCUGACGGACCAGAUCGCCCCGGCCUACUGGAAACCCAACUCCCUCAUCCUGACGUGCCACAAAUGUCAGGCGGUCUUCCAGGACAAUGACAACAAGCAUCACUGCCGUGCCUGCGGGGAGGGCUUCUGCGAUGGCUGCUCCUCCAGAGCCACGCCCAUCCCAGAGAGGGGCUGGGGCCCCGCCCCGGUCAGGGUCUGCGACCUGUGCUUCGAGCAGCGGGCGUCCCACGCAGACCUGCUGGAGGAGGAGGAGGAGGGAGGAACGCUGGCCAGGAAGGUGGGGGAGGUGGUGACUAACACUCUGGGGGCGGUGGCCACCGCCAUCGACAUCCCUCUUGGUCUGGUGAAGGACGCGGCCCGGCCCGCCUACUGGGUGCCCGACCAGGACAUCCUGUGCUGCCACAGCUGCCGGCGCGAGUUCAGCGCCAAGCUGUCCAAGCAUCACUGCCGCGCCUGCGGGCAGGGCGUGUGUGACGACUGCUCCCCGGAGCGCCGCCCCGUGCCCUCACGAGGCUGGGACCACCCCGUGCGUGUGUGCACUCCCUGUGACCGGAAGCCCGGGGAGCUUUAACAGCGAGCGCAUCAGG